AUGAAGCUGGAAAACAUCCCCCUCCAUGAAGCAGCUACGUAUGGCCACCCCAAGUGUGCGGAAAUACUGCUGCAGCACGGGGCUGAUACCGGUCUCAGGAACGAGGUUGGUGAAACGGCGGAGGACAUCGCUGCAGAUGAGGACAUCAGUAACGCUGAUCCGGGUGACGAAGAUGAGGAAGAACAAAUCACUCGUGGUAGAAAGGAAAUACUGAAGCUUCUCCAACAACAAAAUUAUGGUGUCUCCACACGUAAGAAGGAAUACGAUCCUGUACUCGUCCGGUUCUAUGAAGAAAGAGGAAUGAACGAGGCGAGGAAGGAUCACCCGUUGAUACAAGAAGCAGCUAAGGAGAGCGGGAAAACAGUUGACCAAGUCAUGAACUUCAUCGGUAACUACCGUAAGAGUAAAGGCGGCAGUAAGAGGAGACCGCCGCCAGACACGAUGGAGAGGAAGAGAAGGAUCACGGGAUAUCACGAGUACUACAGGGAACAGCUGCCAAGGAAAAGGGCCAACCGAGGAUUCUCCCUUGCCGGUGCCAAUAAGGAAAUCGGCGAGAGCUGGAAGAACCUGACUGACGAGGAAAAGGAGGGAUACAACAAAGCAGCAGAGAGGAGAAGGGGCAAAGAGACGAAAGUCAAAACUUCGUCAGAAGUGGGGAAAAAGCUGAAACAGCUCGAAAAACUGUCCGAGGAGCUUGGCGAACUUGGUGUGGAGGCUUUGAUGGUUACUCUCUACAAUGGAAGGAUUCGAGCGUUCGGGUCCCAGAAGGAUCUGGUAAAGGACGAGCAGUUCGGGGGGUACAUCGAGAAUCAGCUGAAAGCAGCAGAACAUCAGCGGAAAGCAGCACAAUGCUUAACAAUGGACAGACGCCAAAGGAAUUCGGACAGAGAGGGCACCACAGGAACGACUGGAGAGAGCCAUGACGUAACCGGAAGGCCCAGGAGCAGCACCAGUUCAGUCAGUAAGAGAAGGAAGAAGAACAAAGAGGCACAGCAGGGUAACCAGCAAAAUUCCAGUUCUGCUGCCUCUUUACCGUCGGCAUCUUCAACACAAGUUGAAGUCACUUGCAAAAAUGUGUUUUUCUUUCUCCAGAGACCACAGUCACAACAGAAGGACUUCUACCCAUAA